AUGACGGACUGCAAUGAACCGGAGGCUAAGCUUGAAGCUCUUUUGGACAUUAUCAACUCCUCUGCGCACCAAGCAAUUGCGGAGUACAAGAAAACCGGAUAUGGGGUCCCCAGUACCGAUGCAACGACCUUCCACCCCCUCGACCUGACGACGGAUACACUUGCCCUCAAAAAGGCGAUCAGACUGCUCGAAGGCGCAUACCAUCAACUGAGCUCAAUACUGGCACCCCCCCAGCACACAGUGAUGAAUUUCGUUUUCAAUUACAACUGGGCGUGUACAGACGUUGCCUUCCGAGCGCGUCUUGCAGAUGUUCUGGACCAACAUCCGGAAGGCCUUACCGUGGAUAAGCUGGCUGAAGCAGUCAACCUCGACAAGGUCAAGACUGCACGCGUCUUACGAGCUUUGACCCUCAUGGGAUGCUUUAAAGAAGUCGAGCGAGACGUCUUCGCAAACAACCGACUAUCCCUUAUACUCAAGUCAACGAACAACACUGGGUAUUAUGCGCGACUUCAUAGCCAGGAUGUCGCGAAAUCCGCCGGCGUUGUGUAUGAAACUAUGAUCGACGAAGAAUUUUCAAGAUCGCAUGAGAUUGACAAAGCACCUCGGAUAUUUGCCUUCAGAAAGGAGGGUAUGAAGGUUAAUCAAUACGAAAUGUUGGAGGAUGACGACAAGAAACGUGAUGCUUUUCACAGAGCCAUGCUUGGCCAGAGUGAUAUGUUGGGCGCUUCUGCAGUGCUACACCACUAUCCUUGGAGCGAUAUAUCGUCUGUGGUGGAUGUCGGAUCUGGCAUUGGAGCAUUUUCUACUCCUCUGGCAAAAAUGUAUCCUCGCCUUAGAAUAACCCAGCAUGAUCUCCCGAAAGUCAUGGUUCUAGCACAAAAUGCAUGGGAGAGGAACGCCCCUGAGGCAUUGCUUGACGGCCGCGUGGAGUUCAUCCCAAUUAAUUUUCUCGAGGACACACCUGUUGUUGGGAAGGAUGUCUACUAUUUGAGGCACAUUAUCCACAAUUGGCCGGACACCGAGGCAACGACGAUCCUCCGUAACAUUCGCAAGGCAAUGGGACCAAACAGCCGAGUGCUAAUCCGUGAGUGUUAUCUUCAAUGUGGUGCCCCUGAACCUAUGUUGCCGAACUUCGGGGCAGGUAGUCACAACGCAUACCAAACAGACCUGACUAUGUGGUUCACUUUCAAUAGCAAGGAACGAACCUUGGAAGAGCUGCAGAUCAUUGGGGCCGCCGCUGGUCUAGCACUCACCCAGGUUUAUGAUCUUGUAGAUACAAUGCUCGUAGAGCUCAGGAUCGCUCAGAGUUGA